AUGACUUCGACUGGGACUCAUCACGGAGCUGCUGGCAGCUCCAGUGCGAAGGAGAACACCUACCUACCACCAAGGCGCACUCCGACGGAUUCUUCUUAUGUACAUGUGACACCGGUCCAUCUUACAAGGCUGACUGAUGCUCAGUACGAUUGUAAUGGUGUGCUCAGUAACAAACUGACCGUGGACCCCAACGCCCGCGACUGGCACUAUGCACGAGAUGUCAGGGCACAGGUGGAAGCGGCAGGGCCUAGACUUGGCUUCCAGGAGACGAAGGUCAAGCGCUAUCCCUCACACUACGGAAACAAAAGCAUUCCUCCACUUCCUCUGGCGGCUUCCAAGCCACUUACACAUGUUCCAAUUAGGCCCGGAACAUCAACGCCAUGGAAGCUUGGGGACUCUUCAGGGGCCCACCGCGCAGUCUACAAUGACAAAGACCGCAAAAACAACGUCGAAGUGAUAUACCACGACCCUCACAAGGCGCCAGCCGCGGGUGGGACCUGGCAUGACUUUUCAAAGGCUCAUUACGUUCCUCGGGCUUGA